AUGGGGAACAACAUCAGCAAGGUCAGCCGAGAAGACAACGGCCCGGACCAGGGUAAAGAACAAGAUGCGAGCGCCAGGGACGACAGCUUUGCGCCGGCUUCUGGCAGGACGCCCACGCAAAGUAGCCUCCCACCACCGCCUGUAGAUCCGCCGAGGCCACCUCCGUGCCCCGAGGACGUUGAGGACUCGGAAGAAUUCACGGUGCCGUCGGGUAACUUUGACGACGAGCUCUAUUGCUGGGUACUAGUUUCGUGA